UAGGAGAAACAGGACUAAAUUAACGAAAAAAGGAGCAUGACUCUGAUUGAUGUCAUGUUGCAUCUCAGAGAAACUGAACCUGAAUUCUAUGCUGAUGACAAUAUGAAAGGAGUCAUUUUGGCAAUGCUCACAGCUGGGUCCGAAACUUCAGCUACUACUCUGGAAUGGGCAGUGUCACUUCUCCUCAACAACCCUAAAACAAUGAAGAAACUUGAAGCUGAGAUAGAAACUCACGCAGGCCAUGGUCAACUCUUGAAUGAAUCAGAAGCAACCAAACUCAAGUACCUGCAAAGCGUAAUAACCGAGACUCUUCGCCUUUACCCAGCGGCUCCGCUUCUUCUACCUCACGAGUCUUCAAAUGAUUGCAAAGUUUGUGGUUAUGAUAUACCAAAAGGAACAAUGCUACUUGUGAAUGCGUGGACACUGCAAAGAGACCCUGAUUUAUGGGUGGAUCCUGCAAUGUUUGUGCCAGAGAGAUUUGAUCUGGGAGAUGGAAGUGGCGGUGGUGAUCACGUAGUUUAUAAUAUGGUUCCAUUUGGGGUUGGAAGACGAGUUUGCCCUGGAGCUGCUUUGGCAAAACGUGUUAUGGUACAUGCAUUGGGAGCAUUGGUUCAGUGUUUUGAGUUGGACAAAAUUGGAAAUGAAGAAAUCAACAUGAAGGAAGGACUAGGUCUUACCAUGCCCAAAGUUGAACCUUUGGUUGUGUUAUGCAGCCCUCGCCAACAAAUGAUUAAGAUUCUGUCCGAUAUGUAAUAAUUCAAGGUAUUAUAGUGUGCAUCUUGCUGUGACGUUAGAUUUUUAUUGGUUGAAUAAGGUGACAUUAGAUUUUUAUUCAUCAAUUUCUGCAUAGUAAAUAAACAUCCUACGACUUCCCAGUAAACCUAACACUAAUAGACUAAUUCUAA